GAAACCUUUGAGUCCUCUUUUACCUGAGUGAUCUGCUCCAAGCUGUGCAGGAGAAGUUUGCUUUUGUCUCCAGACCUUCAGGUAUAAUUAAGUGACUGUGUGUCAAGUGAAGUCUGUGCGGAUGUCUGAAAUGAUCUACCGUGUAUUCUCUUUUAACUAUUUUAUAAGGGACCGAUACUUAGAUAUGAGAGGCCUCAGCAACUACCGUCUGUCCUGCUGUGUGAACACUUUACUCCAGACUUUCUCUGCUACCUGGGAAUUAGGAGACCUACUGGACAAGUGGGAAACAGCCGGUGUGAGAGCAGACGGUCGUAACAUCCCCCUGCACCUAAAGAGAGUCCUCAUGGCCAUGAGGAGCAACCACGCUCAGCCGGCUCCUCAUCGAGACUUCCUCCACUCUCUGGACAGGAACAGCUUUAGACUUCUUACGCAGCAUGAUGCCGAUGAGGUGUUCCUCGCUAUCUUGAACUUACUGCAGCAGCAGAUGGAUGACAAACCUCUGGCUCUUGAAAUCCAGAAUCUGUACAAGAUUUCUAUGGAGACGCACCUGCAGUGUUUAGAGUGUGCCUCUGUCCAGACUCUGACCAGCUACAUGCUCAGCCUGCCGCUGCACGUAAAGGAAGAUCACGAUUCCCUGGAAGGCUGCAUGACCUCCUUCUUUGGGUAUCAGGAGCUAAGGGGCAUAAAUUGCUGCUUUUGUGCAAAAUGUGGACAGAAGACUCCAUCGAAAAAGGGUGUCAAACUGCUCUCCUUGCCUCAUAUCUUGUGCGUGCACCUGAAAAGGUUUCGGAAUUGCGGUGGCUACACCCGAAAACUUGAUUGCAGGGUUACCUUUCCAGAAAUCUUUGACUUCUCUGAGACCGUCAAAGAAGCGUUCCCGUCAGACUUUGCUCAGAAUGACUGCAAGUACACAUUGCAUGCAGUAGUAGUGCACUCUGGAACUGCAACGUUUGGGCACUAUACUGCCUACGUUUGUGACAGGGUGAACCAGCGCUGGUUCUAUGCAGAUGACAGUCACGUUGAACCGGUUUCCUGGCAAGAUGUGCAGAGCGCAUAUGGAGGACAUGGCAGACACACAGCAUACAUGUUAAUGUACAGAAGAGGUUCAAAAGAGGAGGGACAACAGCCUGAACUUUCUGGCUGAGUGGAUGGAUGCGAACGAUUUAGACCCGAGGUUGUGGUGCAAUAUUGGAUCUAUAAGUACUAGAGGAAUAUCAACUGUAUUUACUUGACAUUAUGUAUUGUAUUCUUUUUGGUUUUAUUGUACAUGGUGAAUGGUCUCAUAUUUAAUGCUUGUUCUGAGCUCAUCCAAAUUGUACUUCAGCCCAGUAAUUUCUGACAAACACCAGCAGGUGGCGAUGAAGACUCAACACAAUGAUGGGUUUUCCAACCUCAGACCACACACACUGUGAACACACAGUGAGGGGGGGUUGGUUUGAAAAGAAUGCUUAGCUUAGAUAUUCACUGUUUGGGGGGAAAUACCUGCUAUUGGGGUCAGUGUUGAUUUUCCUGGCACUCCUGUAUCAUAUAUGAGUCACCCGCGAAGAACAAUGAAGUCAUUUUUAUUCGUUUGGGCUGCCAAAAACGAUAAACUUCUCUAAUUUUAUGUAUUGCUUUUUCUCACAACCUGCAGACCCUUUUAAUAUGAGGUACAAAAAAAUGAUUUAUAAUGACACUUUCAUGUUUAUAACUCCUAUUGAUGCAUCAACGCCAGCACAUCUCAAACCACCUGAAUGCGCUCUAACGCACACAAGAAAAAGCCUGUUCUGAAAUGAAAAAAAGAGGUUAAAUGUCGCCUUUUAAAGCCACAGUGCUCAAAUGCUUGGAAUAGUCUGUCAGCAGAGCCUCGAAAGUUCCCACUCGCUUCGCCAAGAACCGAGGGGACCGUGUGAAAUGGUGCCUUAUGUGCUGCAGAGCUCUGACAGAAUGGAACAUGUCUUUACAGUGCCACAGGCGGCAGGCCUCAUGCUUAGUCAUCUCGCUGCCAUGCAGCACAGGCAGACAUUUUUUGUAUAGGGGGUAUCUUCCUCCCACGUUAACACUAAAAGACCAGGGAUAGAUGCUUCUAUUGUGCAUCUAGAUUUGAGUCAGAGAUCGCAUCUGAUCUUUUGACUUGUAUAAGCAAGAAGUCGACGUUGAUAAGCCUGUUGACAUAUACUGAGAAAACACAUUUUUACAUGAUAGCAAGUACUGAGAUGAAUAAUAUAAUGCAUUGUUAUUGUCUAUUUGUUGAAUACGUGCUCAGAUCAUUCAAUUAAAGCUGCUAAAAGCAAUGUUUUUUUAUAAGAACAGUGGACCAGAUCAGUUUGUAAAGGGAAGAGGUCGCUCGUAGUGACGAACACUUAGAGUUAUCACUUUUACUGAGCGUUUUAGCAUCUUUCAGCUCAAUGUUUUGGUUUUGUGGGCUGCAACUAAAUUAUUUUGGUUCACAGUUUUGGUGUUGUUUUCACCGCAAUAACUUAAAAUACCCGUAAUGCUGCUCAGCAAUAGACUGCAGAGGCAUUUCCAGUAAUAUUAUAAAUUAUGAUAACACCGGACACACCAUUGUGCAUGUUGAGUACUUUUACUUUCGAAAUUAAAGUCCGUUUUGCUGAUAGCUUCUGUACUUUCACCUGGGUAUAUUUUUGAAUUCAGGACUUUUACUUUAACAGAAUAUCUUGACAUUGUGGUAUCUGUACUUUUACCAACGUAAAGGGUCUAAAUGCUUCCUUCACCACUGUCAGAUGAUCAUUCAUAAUGUGUUAGCAGCAUUUUAAUGUUUAAACUUGUCGAGUUGAUGCUCAUUUUACAUACUGUUUGGUAGUUUAAUCUAUGAACUGCAUCAUAUUUUAUUCGUUGACUAUCUGAAUCUGCAAACCAUUAACUAAAGCUUUCAAGUGUCUGUCUGAAAUGUUGUAUGGUAGAAUAAUAAAGUGGAUUAGUUACCUUA